AUGGACAGCCUGGUGGACGAGGCAUGCGGCUACGGUCGCUACCAGCGGGUGCUGCUCUGGCUGGUGCUGUACCCAGCCCAGGUAUCGUGCGGGCCGCAACUCUACGGCCAGCUGCUGAUGUUCCUCGAGCCCGACCACUGGUGCCGGGGCUCGCCGCCGCCCGAGCACUGGGCCAACGGCACCGAGCGCCUUCAGCUGUGCGCGUCGCUGUCCAACGCGUCGACUGCCUGCCCCGACGGCUACGAGUACGACCGCCGCUUCCUGGGAGACGACGAAACCGCCGUCACGCAGUGGGACCUCGUGUGCAACAGGAGGAUUUUGGCGACCCUCAGCAUGUUCCUCUUCGGGACCGGUCUCCUCGCGGGCCACUUCCUCUCGGUCCUCGUUUCGCACAGGUGGGGCCAACGAGCCUGCUUCACAGCGUUCCUGUUCGUCCAGUGCCUGUUCGGCAUGCUCGCCGCCCUGUCAUCGAAGUUUCUCGUGUUCUUGCUAUUUCGAACCUUGGUGGCUGUUGGAACGGCAGGGACGUGGACGUCGCUCUCCAUACUGGUGGGCGACCUGGCGGGCCGGAGGCAUCGCGCCGGCGCCCUGGUCUGCUCGCGGCUCGCGCACGGCCUGGGCCUGUUGCUGCUGGGCCUGGUGUCGCUGGCCGUCCGCGGCUGGGGACACCUGGCGGCCGCCACGUCGGUGCCCUUCGUCGCCUUCCUCGUCUACUGGAGGAUCAUACCGAACUCCCCAAAAUGGCUUCUUGCUCGCGGGAAGCUCGAUCGAGUGGAACAACUGUUGGUCGCCAUCGCCCACACGAACGGAAAACAGGUUGAUUUCCUGUACUGCGAGAAGCUCCGCGCGUCCCUGACGCGCCUGAGCGGCGGCGAGUGCAGCGGCAGCGCUGCGGUCCUCCACUUCCCAGCGCAGCUGCCCUGGGUCCAGUCCGCGAGGCGGCGGCGUGUUGUCGUCGUGCUCAUCGUCGGACUGCUGACGGGCGCCGUGUCGCUGGCACAAGUGUACCUGGCGGCGAGUCUGGCCGGCAACUCGUACCUGCACCUGCUGCUCAUGUCGUGCGCCGAGCUGUCGGCCUGUGUGGCGCCGCUCGCGUUGCUCGAGCGCGCCGGCGGCGGCCUGGUCGUCUUCUGCGGCUGCUUGGCCGGUGGAGCCGCCUGCCUCGCCCACUUGGCCCUGGCCGGGCGUCCCUGCCUGAGCCUGUGCCUGCUGGCGGUGGCCAAGGCGUCGGUGGGCAGCUCGCUGGCGGUGCUACCGGCCUGGUUGCUCGAGGGUGCGCCCUGCCCCGGGCACCAGCAUCUCGCUCACCUGGCGCAAGCUGCCGAGCUGGCGGCCUUCCCCGUGGUGCCGCUCCUUUUCCCCGCGGACAGCCCCGAGACGACACUCGCCGUGUUGAGCGCACUGCUGGCGUUCAGCUGCGCCCUCUCGGUGCUCGCUUGCGACACGAGGCGCGUCCGGGGUUUCUGGUGCCUGUGGCGACCUGACGCGCCCUGGGGAGCCUGGUCUUGGGAGAAGAGCAGAGACAUGAAAUGUCGGAGCAUCGCCUGGGAGUUCAAGUACCCGCAGGUUCCGUCUCCGAUUCCAAGCUUAGUGAAAAGACAAGAAGAAAGGAAGCACGACGGUCGCUGCAGUGGUCGCCUACGCUUGGCUGAGGUCGUCAGGGUGACCGUGGUUUGAGGAUUGAAAUGCGAACAUACUUCGCGUCCUACAGGAACGUCCGCACUGCCAUCUUUAUCGUCCACUUCAAGACAAGACGACACAAAGAAGAACCAAAAGAGAAACUUUUGUCUGUGCCGUCUUCAUAUCUUGUGUUCAUUCAUUUGUGUGCCCUGAACUUACCACGUACUUACAAAUCAAAUUUCGCGCUGUACGGCGAAGUACGCCUCGGGCCAAUGAUGCAGCAAGAAACUGAACAAUUAUGGGCUCCUCUUUAUUUACGGUGUGCUUUUACGGUGUGCUUUACGUAACCAAAUGUCGUGUUUGGGAGCUGAAUGGCAACAUUUCAGAAAUAUCUUUUUUUUUCAUAAGAAAAAUGAAUAAAUUGAAAAAUAAAUAAAUGAAAAACAUGUCA